CUGCGAUAAAUUACUUUAUCUGUGGAAUUUUUUAAUGACGAAUCCUUCAAUCAAUCCAUUGAUGCUACAAUCUGAAUGCCAAUCAAUGUAAUGAAUCUUGUCAAAAGUAAAUAAAAAAUCUGCUGUUUGGUGUUUUGUGAAAAAACUCGUCUUCAUGUUUUUGAUGUUAGUGCGGAACUGUAAUUGGAGUUUAGGACACUGAAUGUGAAGAACUUUCAUUUGUUUAAAACAAUAUUUCGUUAAAAUGGAGCCGCCCAAUAGUGGGACCAGUUCGCCUGGUCUUAUCGGUUCUGGGCCGUUAAUGCCUCCGGCUAUGCUGGGUGGACUACCACCGCCGAUGCCACCUGCAGUGGGUAUGCCUCCUGUGCCUGGUAUGCCGCCGAACAUGGGUGGCAUGCCUCCGCCUAUGGGGUUUCCUCCAAUGAUACCACCAUUUUCUAUGCCUCCUCCUGGGUUUCCUGCAUUUAAACCUAGUGUUUAUCAACCACAGGAUAUGAAUGCUCCUGCACCGGAUGUGGCUCCAAUGGCUAACCAGAGCAGUCCCUGGUCUGAACACAAAGCUCCUGAUGGAAGAACAUAUUACUAUAACUCUGUCACUAAGCAAAGUCUUUGGGAGAAACCUGAUGAUUUGAAAACUGCUGCAGAAAAAUUACUGUUAGCCUGUGUUUGGAAGGAAUACACAACAGAUGCUGGCCGUGUGUAUUAUCAUAACAUCGAAACUAAGGAGUCCAGCUGGAUUAUACCUAAAGAUCUUCAGGAGAUCAAGGAUAAAAUAGCUGCAGAAGAAGCUGCCCAGGCUGCUUUAAGUGCUGAAGUAACUCCUGGAGAAGUCCCUUUACCAGCUUCACCAUCUAACCAAACUGGAAGCUCAGCUUUAGAUGAGGCAAUGGCCAAAACCCUUGCAUCUAUAGAUACAAACCUUGCCAACUCUAUACCCAUCCCUGAAGAAAGUAAACCUGAAGAAAUGUCAGCACCCAUGCAAGGCAACAAUACUGAUAAUGUGGAAAUUCAGCCAGAAAUGCAGUAUAAAGACAAGAAGGAGGCUAUUGAAGCUUUCAAAGAACUCCUUAAGGAUAGGAAUGUGCCAUCAAACGCUACAUGGGAACAGUGUGUAAAAAUCAUAUCAAAAGAUCCUAGAUAUACAGCAUUUAAGAAGUUAAAUGAAAAGAAGCAAGCAUUUAAUGCCUACAAAACUCAGAAAUUGAAAGAUGAAAGAGAGGAACAAAGAUUAAAAACUAAGAAAAAUAGAGAAAACUUAGAAGAGUUCUUGUUAAGUUGUGACCGUGUGACAUCAUUAACAAAAUAUUACAAAUGUGAAGAGAUGUUUAGUAAUCUUGAGAUAUGGCGGUGUGUUCCCGAAUCGGAUCGAAGAGAUAUAUUUGAAGAUUGCAUAUUUACUAUCACGAAAAGAGAGAAGGAAGAGGCAAAGACUUUGAAAAAACGCAAUAUGAAAAUGCUGGCCCAGGUUUUAGAAAAUAUGAGUGAAAUUACUUACAGUAGCACAUGGAGUGAAGCACAGGUGUUAUUAUUAGAAAACUCGGCUUUCAAAAACGAUGUGAGUUUGUUAGGCAUGGACAAAGAAGAUGCUCUCAUUGUGUUUGAACAACAUAUCAGGAAUUUAGAAGCCGAAUAUUUGCAAGAACGUGAACAAGUUAAGAAACGCAACAAAAGACAGCAAAGAAAGAACAGAGAUAACUUCUUGGUUUUGCUCGACACAUUACAUGAAGAAGGAAAACUGACGUCCAUGUCAUUGUGGGUAGAAUUAUACCCUGUUAUAUCUGCUGACAUGCGAUUCUCUGCUAUGCUCGGGCAAAGCGGAUCGACGCCACUGGAUUUAUUCAAGUUUUAUGUCGAGAAUCUGAAAGCACGAUUCCAUGACGAAAAGAAGGUUAUCAAAGAAAUAUUGAAAGAGAAGAGCUUCGAUGUCAAGCCUGAUACUACUUUCGAAGAGUUUGCCACUGUUGUCUGUGAAGAUAGUAAGUCAGCAUCUCUGGAUGCUGGCAAUGUUAAGUUAACUUAUAAUUCACUACUCGAAAAGGCUGAAGCCAGGAAUAAAGAAAAGAUAAAAGAAGAAUCUAAAGCUCAGAAGAAGAUAGAAAGUGCAUUUAAAUGGGCCCUGACUGAUGCCAACAUAGAUCACCAGCUUUCAUGGAAUGAGGUCAAAGAAAAGCUAGAUCUCAGUGCUCCAGAAUUUGCCGCUGUGCCCUAUGAAGAGGACAGAGUUAGAAUUUAUAAGGACUUCCAACAUGAGCAGGAAGAAAGUUGUAUGCAUUACCAUCAUCCGAAGUCCAGGAAAGCCAAGCGAUCAAAGAAAAAGAAACGAUCUCACUCCGCAUCUCUGUCGAGGUCGCGGUCUCCGUCUCCUAUGCAAACGGCGCGCUCGCCGUCUCCAGUGCCGAGCCAUGGCACUUGGACGUCAGAUGAAGGCAGGAAACAUAAGAAGUCUAAAAAGAAGCAUCGCAAACACUCGCCCAUUCCGAAAUCGCCGACUCCAGAAGAGGGUGGUAUAACGGAUGACGAACAGCUGCGACAUAAAAGCAAAAAAUCCAAGCGUAGUGCGCCCUCCAGCCCUGAGGAAGAAGCACAUGAACAUGCGCAUAAACCUAAAAAGAAGAAGGAUAAAAAGGAAAAGAAGGAACGAUCCAGUGGAUCUACUGCUUGGAGUGAUGCAGAGCUGGAAUCUCGGCGAGCCGCUUUGCUGGCUCAGUUACACGAGCACGAGGCGGACUGACGUCGCGUUACCCACAUCCACAUCUUUAAUGACUACCCGAAGGCGCCCGCUACUGCUAAGCCCGCCUCCACCGCAGUCACCGCUACUGUAACCGCUACAGUAACAGCUACCGUAACCGCUACCGUAACAGCUACCGCAACAGUCACGUCGCCGUCGCAGCUUGAUGAACCGCUCCCACAGCAUCCCGUCGACGUUGAUGACGCUCAGCUCAACUCGGACGAAUCAUAGACAAUCGUAUACAUUUUAACGUGAAGUUAUUCGGAAUCGUUAACUAAAUAUCAAUAGUGCUAAACCGGCGUGUAUUGUGAGUUACAUGAAAAUAUGAACAUUUAAAGCAUUUGCUUAUCAAGUUAAUUUUAGUAAAAAAUAGUGAGUGUUUUCUUCUCGAUGUUAUGAGUUAUAAGUAUUCCACAGACUGUAUACUGUACGACAAGGAAAAAUAUUGUACUUUCUUUGAUAUUUUAGCAAUAGUCAUUUUUUGAUGUCAUCAUGAUAUAUUAUUAUCUUUCCCAGUGAUUUCAUAAUAUUUAGCAUAAGCUGUUAUUCAACUGUGCAACUCGUAUUUUCUUACAUAGAUUUGUUUGCCAGACAAACAUAACUAGAGUUGGUUAUUGUUUAUUAUCUUCAGCUUACGUAUGUAACCAGUAACCAAUAGCAGACUUAGAUUCAACAGAAACAUUGUUACUCCUCGACAUGGCGACAGUGCUACAAAUGCUUAAAAAUAUUUCAAUCUACAAAUGCUUAAAGUCGUUUUACAAUGAUAGAAAAGCUGUAUUUGCCAUGGCGAAUGGCGCGCUGAUUGUUCGCUGCACCCUACAUGAGUAACCGCAAAUAUAAUUGGUUUCUUAUCUGUAAAUUACUCCAUUAAAUUGGAGCAUUAACUUAGUUAUUAAAAUAUAAGUACCUAUUUUAUAUUGUAUUUUAAACAUGUGCAAGUUUAACAAUCUACAUUUGAAUACUACAUGAUACAGUAGUUUUGAAAUUAUAUGUUAGCAUACAUCGACUUA